AUGCGCCGCGGCGCAGGCUCUCCGUCGCCCGAGCGCGAGCGUGCUCGGAAACGGCCGCGGUAUACGGCGCGAGUCGAAGUCGACUCGGACGAGGAGGAUAUCGUUGUGCUGCCUCCGCAAGGCGUCAUGCAAGGUCCAAGCAAUGUGCCAGCUGGUCUCGACCCCUUCGGUCAGGCAGCGAAGAGGACGAAGAAGCGGUCGCUCGGGGGCAGUGUCCAUCCUGUAUCUGCGAGUGCGCCCGGUCCGUCCAGAUCCACGCAGAAGCAGCGGACUGCACAUCCUGCGCCGCGUGCGUCAAAUGCAGGAGGACAAGGCGUUGCAAUGGACAAGCCGAUAGAGAUAUCCUCAGACGAGGAGACUGCGCAGCGCAACCAGCCCGCGUCCCAACCAGCGCGUGCUCGACCUCAACCUGCGGCUGCGCGCGCGCCACCCGCGAGCCAGCCUGCGAGAGCGCGCCAGAACGCCCAGAACGCUUCCACACCGAUAGCCACACGGAGUCCACAUGGCAGAGGUAUACUCGUGGAGAACUUUUAUUCCGGGCCGCCCCGGCAGAAGAAGGCGAGUCGAAGGAAUGCGAGAGCAGCCCAGCUCACUGCGGGGACUGCCAUUGCAGGUUCAGGCGGAAGUGCAGGAGGAAGCGCUCGUGCUGGCGGUAGCAAGCCUGCCAAUGCGAAGACGCGUGCCAAUGUCAAUACGGGCGCCAAUCGGAGUAGGAAUCGGCGGGCUUCUACAGGCGAACGCUCGUCGAGCGCCACACCACCCCUCACCAUCAGCCAACCGCGGCGCAAAUCACCUCCGCGUCCACCACCAACGGCUGCGGGCACGAAGGACGAUGUUAUCAAUCUUCUGUCCUCAGACGACGAACCGUCUCCCGCUCGGACUCAGCAGUCAAGACCACAGCGGAAUAAGGCGCCGGUCAAUCAUAUCAGCGACGACGAAAUUGAUUUCAUGUCGCCUGCUCGACGACCCAGUAAUCACUCCAGCUCCGACAUCGAAAUUCUCAGUCCAAAGCCAAGUCGACCUGCGCCUGCAGAACCGGAACCUGACCCCACUGAGGAUCCGUUAGAUAUACCAUUCCCUGAUGACAACUUUCCGCCGCCUCCGUCUCCGCCCCAUGUCCCUUCCCCUCGUAUCCGUUCGCCUCCUCGUGCGGCACCCGAGAAGGCCCCUUCUGUGUCUACUGCUGCUCCAAUUCCGCCUGCUGUCGCCGCUCCGUCUACUGUUUCCGAGGGCUCAUCGGCGAACUGGAAGACUGCUCCUACUCCGAUCGCCAAACCCUCUCGACCCGCUCGUGAUGCUCAACCUUUACCACCGGCUCCCCAACCGGCUCAGGUAGCAACAACCUCUCAAUCGCCCGCGAAGGCGACGCCGCCACCUGCGCCGCCGCCUGCUCGAGAGGCUAUACCCCCGCUAGAGUCUUCACGUCCCGCACGAACUCCGACGCCACCCUCUCGCUCUCGCGCUGCCUCACAUGACUCAAUUGAGGAUAUGUACGCGGAGCCCAAUCCAUCUGCCUCGAACAGGCGGUUACUUGAUUCAUCACCACCGCCGCCGCCUCGUUCACCGACUCCAGUCCGUGUACCAUCACCUGCUCCAGUGCAGACUCAAUCCGCGCAAACACGCCCUGCGCCAUUCCAGCGAGUUGCCCCGCGCCCCGUCACCAAGUCGAAACUCAAAUUUCGACCUAUUGGACCUACACAAUCUACGAGUACCCAUGUCAAUACGAAGAUCACAGUCGGAACGCCAGAGCCGGAGCCGAAGAAGCAACCGCCCUCUAUCGCGCCCGAGGCUCCUGUACAAGCGGUGGCACCUUCUCAGCCUGUGCCACAGCCGACCCAGCGCUCGCCAGUUAUGCCCCUACAGUUCCCAUCAUCCGUCAACGAACGUCCACCACCUCCGUCUACGCCUGUAUCUCCGAUCAAAUCCGCGUCAGCGUCUCCGAGUAAGCAAGCGCCGAGACCGGUGGGCGCGGCUGCUACUCUCCCCAUCACGAGUAGGACAGAAGUGCCACCUGCGCCACCACGUCGUGCGGCGUCUAUCGCGGCAUGGACGACGCUUCCUCAAGAAGGCGAUAGUCAGGAGACGGACAAGGACAAGCUUGGCUACAUCGAAGAGCCGAAGGAGGAAGAGGAAGAGGAUGAGUGGAUGGAUGAGCUGAGGGCGAGCUCGCCCGAGCCUGGUGCCGUGCCGCCACCAGUCGUCAAGAAGCGCGGUCGGCCACGGAAGAAGGCUGCACACGGAGAGGGCGCGAAGGGCGCGAAGGCGAUGGCUGGGAAGGCGCCAAUCACUGUGCCUGCCUCUCAGCCUUUGGCGAGUCCGUUGGUGCUCAGACCUCCUCAGGCUGGACCGGCAUCGCAACCUGCACCUUCAUCUGCGCCCUUGAAGCUUAGGGCGCCUAUAGUCAAUCCAUACUCGCAGCCGGCCUGGCGACCUUCGAAGGCACCCGUCGAUGCACCCCCGCAAUCUCUAGCUUCGCCAUUCAAGACACCCGCUCCCAAGCCCGUAGAGACGCCUUUGGAGGAUGCGGAGAUGCGCUCUGCCUCCCCAUCUGUGUCGGCGCCGACGUACGUCGAGGUUCGGAACCGCGAAAGGAGUGGGUCGGUGUCGUUAAGAGUUGGAGUGGAAGAAGGUAUCCCCGACGGUGGUCCGCCGCUUGUGCUUAGGAUGCCCAGUAUUGAACCGAGGGCGACACCAACACAAGAGCCAGUCAUUGGUGGUACCAGUCAAGCUGCAGCAGCUGCUAAUGCUGCACACAAGUCAGUCGAUGAGACUGUUGCGCCGCCGCCGAAGGUUGCCGAAGCUGCAGUCUCCGCUGCGCGAAAGGCACCAGCGACGCCUCAGGCGGCGGGCCCUGUCUCUAAGCCUGCAGCAUCUCAGCAACAGCCUGUCGCGUCUCCGGCGCCCGUUCAGCCUACACCCGCAUCAUCUCUGGUCGCACCACAACCUGUGCUCGCAACACCGGCGAAGCCUGCAGCUGUACCCGUCUUGGCUGAUCCAUCUACGUCAAUGCCGCCUCCGUCGACCCCCGUCAACCGGACCAACUCUCUAACGAGACUUAUGCAAGCACGCGCCGGCAGACCGAUUGGUUCUACACCCAGCAAGUUGAACAUGCGCCGGGUCUCCGAUGACCGGCCGAGGGAUGAGCAAGAUCAUGUGCCGAGCCAGACCUCGAUUUCGGGGCUUCCUGUGAGCCAAAGCCCCUCUAUCAGCCCACCAGUCUCUCGAGCUGGAAAGGUCGCUACUGGUGCUGGUGCUGUGACUCAACCCGAGACUCCUUCCAGGGCAGCAGCCGCGAAUACGUCUGUUCCUCAAGCGCUCCCCGCUCGUGCCUUGAGCAAGUCUUACGGCGACAGACCUGCUAGUUCUAAUGAGGCUGCAUCCCAAGAUUACACUCGUCAAGAGCCGCCAGCCACGCCAGCACCUACCGCACCUACGAGUACAGCAUCAGCCGCCAGCGUUGAUACUGCACCGCCUCCGCGCCCAAAUCCGCGAAUCUCGACGAAGAUCGCGCAGACACAAGCUGGACCGUCGUCCGCGCCCGCAGCACAUGGCUCAUCUGGGUCGCAGAAGAGAAGGGUUACGUGGGACGAUGUCAGCGAAGCGAAACGCGUGAAGCACACGGCUUCAAGUUCCAGUUUAGCGACCGCUACGGCUUCGCCCACUACGUCUGUGCCCACUUCACCUACCGAUUCAAGACCUGUGCAACAGCCGCCGAUUGCCGCAUCCGGUGCGGCAGCACCCGCAGCUCAGACGCCACAGCCGACGCCGGCGGCGGGAGUGAAGGCCAAACCGUGGAUUCUUCGUUAUCUAGAAGAGAGACAAACCCGUGCACCGAUUAAGCCGUCGAUCCCCAUUGUAACUGCGUCUCCAACUGGGGCAGCUACCACGGCUCGAGCCUCCGCUUCGACCGAGCCUGCUCCUCCAUUUGCGAGUCCUUCCUCUGUGCCGACUCGAGACUCUACUCGCCCUACAAGUUCGCAACCCCGUACAGUCUCGCCGACAACCUCGGCACCUGCAGCCUCCGCAGGUGUCAUACCCUCCGUGCCCGCUUCCUCGAAGAUCGCGGCUUCGAGUCCGGCGAAGGAUCUUGCUCCCGUUGCAUCCUCUGCACCUGCGAGUGCUCAACCAACUCCCGCAGCGUCAUCUGUGCCGACAAAGAGCACUGCAGCGUCACGAGAUGUGCAGCUUGGUCCGAACGGGGCAGCACCUGUCGCAGGCCCAAGUCGACCUUCUGCACCAGCGCAAUCCUCUGGCAAUGCAGACGACAGUAGCGACGAAGACCUCAAUCUUCUAUAUCCUGCUGACGAUUCGUCCCCUGCGCCGCCAUCCGCACACACUGCGACACCGAGCCCGAGCCUGAGCCGUGAAUCGUCUGUCGAGCAGCCGGAACCGCAACUCCGUCGUUCCCUUCGCCGGAAAGCGAUGACAUCCAAUGCAGCAGUCUCGCGCCCUUCGUCUGGACAGCCUGCGACGCGACGUUCGCUGCGGAAUGUAUCAUCCAAGACGACAUCGAACGCUACAUCAAACGCUACCUCGAAGGCGACGACGCCUGCUGAGUCGGAGCUGACCGGUACCCCGCCUGUACCCGAUCUCUCGCGCGGGUCGACGGACUCUGAGGACGAGCCGAUCCUCACGCCAAUCUCUGAGCUCACGUACGAUCCGCACAGCGGCGCCUCCAUCAAGGGACCCUUCUACGACAAAGUUAUCGACGGGCAGAUAGCUAUCACCUUGACACCCGCGCGCAUCCUGCACGACAAUCCUCCAGUGGUCAGAUACGGGCGCGACCUCCCACAUUUACUUAUGGAUCGGAUGUGUUCUCUACCUGAGCGAUCACGAGGGGACGAUGUAGCGCUACUCAUCCUCAAGUCCAGGAUCAACGAAGAGACUUUUGACGCUGAAGAGGAGGCGCCACCGAUUGAUGUGCUCAAUGAUAUCGACGACGAAGGCAAGGUUCCGCCUUGGGAGUUCUACUACACGAACGAGAUGUGGCUCGGCAACGCUGUACCGCCGCCAGAUCUCGAGAACUUGCGAGGCUGCUCGUGUAAGGGGAAGUGCGACCCGAAGAGCGGGACGUGUCGGUGUACAAAGAUCCAGGAGAGGCGAUACAUGGCGGACGACAAUCCUGAGAAAUCCGGGUUUGUGUACGAUCCAAAGACCGGGAGGCUUAAGGAUGGUAUCCCCGACAGCGUUCCGAUAUACGAAUGCAACGAUCUAUGUGGCUGUCUGGAGGAUUGCCCGAAUAGGGUCGUACAGCGUGGACGCCAGUACCCGAUCGUCAUCAAGAAGACCAAACAGAAGGGCUGGGGCGUAUUUGCGAAUGGUCGGAGAAUCCCCAAGAACUCAUAUGUCGGCAUCUACGCCGGCGAGCUCUUGACUGACGAAGAGGCUGAGGAGCGCGCCGAGGUCUAUGACAAAUUUGGACGUACGUACUUGCUCGAGAUCAAGUACUGGUACAUCGGUAUACCCAGGGAUCUGCCGCUCGAUAAACUUCCUCCGGAACAGGAAGACGCCAAGUUCGUGGUGGACGCGUAUCACGCCGGUAACUUCACGCGCUUCAUGAAUCAUUCAUGUGAUCCUAAUUGUCGCCUCCUUCCUUGUUACAUCAACGAGGCGAACGAGCGCAAGCCGCUCUUGACCUUCUGGACUACAAGGGAUAUCGGCGCCGAAGAGGAGCUGACGUUCUCGUACCUGGGACCACCGGACGAUGACGAGGAAGAGCCGCCGGCCAAAACGAAGAAGGGCAAGGGCAAGGCUAAGGCCCCCAAUGGAGCGGACGAUGCUGUCUUCGCGAAGUGCUGCUGUGGCGCGAGGAACUGUCGCAAGGUCUUGUUUAAAUGA